AUGAAGCCCUUUGAGAAAAGCUUGUUGUUUCUACUGCUGCCUGUUGUACUAAGACUUGGCUGCUGCUCCUUUAUCAGUACCAACCUCGGGAUGAAAGUGAUGAAGGGACAGUCUGUAUUCCUGUCAGAAGAUGACCUCAAAUUUUCCAUCCCUAGAGAGAAGGAUGUCUGCAAAGUGGAAGUAGUGACCAAUGAGCCAGUAACGCAGAGGGUUGGAAAACUAACUCCACAGGUUUUUGACUGCCACUUCCUUCCUAAUGAGGUCAAAUAUACCCACAAUGGCUGUCCGAUUUUAGAUGAAGAUAUAGUCAUGCUUAGGUUGUACAGGUUUACAGAAACUGAGACGUUUGUAGAAACAUUCACCCUCCAUGUGCAGUUACUUGAGCCAGACUGUAACAUCAUCAAAAUGCGCUCCCGUGCUCUGGAGGUCCCUGAGUACUAUGGCCUCUCCAGGGCAAUUGACAAGAAUGUCCUUGCUUUUGACUAUGACAGGAAGAUAAAUCUGGACUGCACCAUUUCCAUAGACUCUUCUGAAACCCAGCUGCCUGCUCAUGGCCAGCUCAUCACUGGGGAAGUCCAGCAAGAUAAGCUUCAUGGAGAACAGCCACAAGGCUUCUUCCCUGGCCCAAAGCACACUCUGGGCCAGCAGUGCAGAACUGGGAGCUGCAUGCUGGGACCAGGAGUCAUUCACAACAGAAAAAUGAGCUGUGAAGAAUUUCUGAGAAUGGGGAUUCGGUAUCAGCACCUUGACCCUCCCUCACCUGACACCGAUUAUAUUCCUGUGAGGCUGGAUCUCACAGACAGAAGAAGCAAAACUCUGCACAAGACUGAGUAUGCAUGGCUCCCUGUUCACAUUAAAGGUGCUGUUCCAAAUCAAAUACCCAAAGCUGCUUCAAUGGCAAAGUUCAUCCUGGAAGUAGAUCAAUUUAUUUUAACCCCCCUCUCAACCACAACCAUUGAUGUUGAAGACAAUGAAACUCCAAAACCCCUGCUUGUGUUCAACAUUACCAAGCCACCUCCACAGGGCUUCAUCACUCAUCUGUCUGACCACACAAAAUCUAUUGGCUCCUUCACAUGGAAAGAUCUUAGUGACUUGCUCAUUGCCUAUCAGCCUCCAAAUAACAGUCACACAGAGAGGAGGAAUUAUGAGGUGGGGUUUGAGGUUCAUGACUUCUACUUUGAAAGGAGUUUACCGAUUAUUGUACAUCUUUCCAUCAGAACAACAGAUACAAAUGCUCCUCGGGUUUCAUGGAACACAGGCCUCAACCUCCUGGAGGGGCAAUCCCGACCCAUCACUUGGCAACACUUCCAAAUUGUAGACAAUGAUGAUAUCCAAAAUGUUCGCUUGGUCACAGUUGAUGGCUUACAGCAUGGGCGGCUCACGGUGAGAGGAGGGAAAGGAUUCAUGUUCACGGUCUCUGACAUUCAGGCUGGAGCUGUUAUCUACCAUCAUGAUGACAGUGAUUCUACUAAGGACUUUGUGGUAUUUCGGAUUUUUGAUGGCCCUCACAGUAUUCGCCAUAAGUUUCCAAUCAAUAUUCUCCCUAAAGAUGACAGCCCUCCAUUUCUUAUCAGCAAUAUGGUUAUUGAAGUUCAUGAGGGACAGAUGAUCUUGAUUCAGGGCUCCAUGCUUCAUGCUUCUGACAUGGAUUCCAGUGAUGAUUACAUACUAUUCAAUAUUACCAAGCCCCCACAGGCUGGAGAAAUCAUGAAGAAACCAGGACCAAACUUAAUAGGCUAUGCUGUCAGCAGUUUUCUUCAGAGGGAUCUAUUUAAUGGAAUAAUUUAUUAUUGUCAUUUGGGAGGAGAAGUAUUUGAGGAUUCCCUUGAGUUUGUGCUCUGUGAUAGCCAUGACCCUCCCAAUCUCUCGGAGCCACAGGUGAUGACAGUACACAUUAUCCCUGUGGACGAUCAGCUACCAAGGGAAGCCCCAGGAGUGACCCGCCACCUGGUUGUUAAGGAGACUGAGAUUGCUCACCUAACUAAGAAACAUCUCCACUUCAUAGAUGUGGAAGAGCAAGACAGGGAACUCACAUACACCAUAACCACUUACCCAUUUUUCUCUUGUGCACAUGGUGACUCAGAUGCUGGCAAGUUAUUUCUGGUGGACACUAUCCCCAAACUGGUCAAGGAUCCUGUUGCUCUUGCACUGCACUCAUUUACUCAGCAUGCAGUGAACUAUAUGAAAAUUGCCUACAUGCCGCCUCUGCAAGACAUCGGGCCUGAACCUCAGCAAGUCCAGUUUAUUUUUGCCGUCAGCAAUCUGCAUGGUGGAACUUUGUAUGGGAUCUGCUUCAAUAUUACAAUCCUUCCUGUGGACAAUCAAGCCCCAGAGGUUUCUACAAGCCAUUUGAGAGUGGAAGAGGGUGGCCUGAGUCCUGUCACAGAGGCACACAUUCUCAUCUCUGAUGUGGACACAAAACAGGAACAUCUAUUCCUCCUCCUGCAGAGACAGCCUGAGCAUGGGGUGGUGGAGCUGGACAGCAUUCCCAUGAAUGAAGGCGACAGGUUUUCCUGUGGGGACCUGCGUACCCUGGCAGUCAGGUAUAGGCAUGAUGGCUCUGAGACUCUCACUGAUGUUGUCCUCUUUGCAGCCACAGAUGGUAUUCACUUUGUAGAUUUCAGCCUGCAGGUCAAGGUGUUGCCUGUGAACGAUGAACCACCCAUUAUCCAAACAGACCUUGUUCCUGUGCUUCACUGCCUGGAGGGCAAAGAAGUGGUCCUCUCCUCAAAGUAUAUCUAUGCCACAGAUGCAGACAGUGAUGACAUGAAACUGAUGUUUAUACUGGCUCACCAGCCCUACCAUGGGAUAUUGAGGAAAGCUGGCAUUGCUGUGGAUCGUUUCUCCCAGGCUGAUGUCAUCUCUGGUUUAGUCACAUAUAAACACACCAGUGGAGAGAUUGGACUGACUCCUUUCAUUGAAACCUUAACCUUUCUUGUCUCUGACAAUGAAGCUGGCAUAGAUGUGAAAGACUGCUGUUAUGAUGGACCUCUUCCUCCUCCACUUCUGCUUCAUGAUCGAUUUCCAGUAUACAACCUUAACAUCACCAUAUUUCCAGUGGACAACCAGCCUCCAUUAAUUGCAACUGGUGAAAGGUUUGUAGUGGAGGAGGGCUCCUCAGCAGCCCUUACCACCAACCAUUUGUUUGCCACUGACCCUGACACCACUGCAGAUGACUUAGCGUUUGUCUUGGUUUCUCCUCCCCAGUUUGGUUACAUUGAAAAUAUACUGCCUUCUCCAGGGUUUGAGAAGAGCAACAUUGGUGUAAGUAUAGCUUCCUUUCAGCUGAAACACCUGAAAUCCCUGAAAAUAAACUAUGUACAAGCCAGGCACAUGCAAAUGGAACCAACAGCAGACCACUUUGUACUUUAUGUCACUGAUGGGAUGCAUCGUUCAACAGAGACUUCAUUUUUUGUGAUAAUCAACCCAACCAAUGAUGAAGUCCCAGAAUUCACAGCAACAAAUUUUACAGUUCAAGAGGGGGAGAUGAAAGAAGUGGAUCUCUCUGUUAUCAACGCGGUUGAUCUGGAUGUGCCCAAAGACCAUUUAGUAUUUAGGGUCAUGCAGAGGCCCCAUCAUGGGUUCCUUAUUAAUGGUGUUCAUGGCAAUGAUGUUCUUCACUAUAAGAAGUUAAUUAACCAUGACCACAACAGCCAUGCGUUGCUUGUUGAUGACUUUUCCAUGGAUCUACUGAAGAAUGGAAUGAAGCUGAUGUACAUGCAUGACAAUACGGAAAACCUCAGUGACAGCUUUAAAAUCCAGCUAUCAGAUGGGAAGCAUAAAGUCCUCAGAACAAUUUCAGUAAAGGUCAUUCCAGUUAAUGAUGAGAAACCAGUGCUGAGCAAGAAGGAUGAUAUAGAGGUGAACAUGGGUGAAGCUCGAAUAAUUUCUAGUGCUGUUCUGUCAGCAGAAGAUAAAGAUACCCCCAGGGAGAGAAUUUACUACUUAUUUGAAAGAAUUCCAGAAAAUGGUCAGCUUCAGCACAAGGUAGGCAAAGUUUGGGUGAGUCUCCAAACUGGAAUGAAGUGCAGUCAGGAAGAACUGGAUCUGAAUCUUGUGAGAUACAUCCAUACAGGAGCUAUAGGGUCCAAGAAGCAAGACAGCUUCACAUUUUAUCUGUGGGAUGGGUACAACAGAUCCCCAGCUCUGAACUUCUACAUAAAUAUAAAAGACAUGGAAAAGGGAGACAUUGCUGUUUCCACAAAACCUCUUAGAGUGCCAAAAGGGGGUCGGGGCUAUAUCACAACUGAUGUCCUCCUUGCACUGGAUGGUACUGACAAGCCAGAGGAGCUCCUUUAUGUGAUAACCUCCCCACCUCAGUAUGGACAAAUAGAGUAUAUCAGCUAUCCUGACAUUCCCAUUACAAGCUUCAGUCAAAUGGAUGUAGCAAGACAGAUAGUCUGCUAUGUUCACAACACUAAGGCAGCUCCUGAAGAUACAUUCAGAUUCAUCAUCAGCAAUGGACUGAGGACUAAGCAUGGGACAUUCAAGAUCUCCUUGGAAGCUGUUGAUCAAGCUUUGCCCACACUAUCUAAAAAUGCAGGGCUAAAACUAGUGGAAGGCACUAUGGCACUUCUUUCUCCUGAUGUUCUGCAGCUUUCAGACCCAGACACUGCCAAAGAAAACCUCACCUUCCUCUUGGCUCAGCUCCCCCAGUACGGUCAUCUCUAUUAUCGAGGGGCUGUGUUACUGCAGCACAAUUUCACCCAGCAAGAUGUAGACAACAGGGAUGUUGCAUACAAGCACCGAAGUGGGGAUUCCCAGAUUGACAGAUUUACAUUUGUUGCAACAGAUAGUACUAAUGAAGGCUUCAUCGUGAAUGGGAGGGUGCAGAGCGAGCCAGUGACAUUCACCAUUCAGGUGGAUCAUUUGGACAAAAUGGCACCAAAAAUCAUUAAUCUCCGUUGCCUUUCUGAUGUGGAGCUGCUGAAGAAUGGCAAUUAUGGGAUAUAUAUUACUGCCAGGUCCCUGAAGGCAUCUGACCCCAAUACAGAAGAUGACAAAAUAUUUUUUAAGAUUUUACAAGGUCCUUAUUAUGGCUACCUGGAAAACAUAACAACAGGUGGAUUUAUUCAGGAAGGGUUUAGCCAAAAGGAUUUAAACAGCAAAAUCAUACUUUAUGUCAUCAAUCCAUCAUGGGAAGUGAAUUCAGACAACUUGAAGUUUCAAGUCACGGAUGCCAGUGGAAACUCUGCAGUGCCUCAAAGGCUGGAGCUGCAGUGGUCUCGAAUUGAAAUGCAACAGACUGAAUACGAAGUGUGUGAGAGCGUGGGAGUGGUGUCUCUGAAAAUCACCAGAGCAGGACACUCUGCAGAUUCUGCCUUUAUUGCAGUGAAGGUCAAUGAAAUAUCUGCUGUGCUAGGAAAGGACUUUAUGGUGACUCCCUCCAAGCUCGUUCAGUUUGAUCCAGGAAUGUCAACGAAGACGUGGAAUAUAGCAAUUACCUAUGAUGGAUUAGAGGAAGACGAUGAAGUCUUUGAAGUAGUUCUGAACUCCCCUGUGAAUGCUGUUCUUGGCACUCGGACAAAAGCUGUAGUGAAAAUUUUGGAUUCAAAAGGAGGUCAAUGCAGUUACUCCCAUUCUUCUGGCCAAAACAAGCACAACUUCUGGGGGAGAGGAACACUGUUUCCAGUUUCUCCGGGCUCCUCUUCACCUCCCAGGCCUGGCAAUGCUCCCUUGGAAGGGAUCCCACUGCCUCCUUCAAAAGGGAUGAGAGAGCAUGGAGAAGACCUGAGGCAGGAGCACAGCUUGGUGAAUCAGUCAGGGACAAGGCUGAGAGUGACUGGAAAUGGAAGAAUAGUUCAUCCUUCAUCUGUAGUUAGAAAUGGAACAGAUGCAGUUUUUGAAUAUCAUGGGAUAGUAUCACUCAAAAUAGAGGAUGACAGCUCAUCAGCUAAAGCAAACAAGAAGGCUCAAGUGUCAGUAAUUAACCAAGCACAACCACAGAUAAAGGUCAUCUCCUCUAGGAAGACAGAAAUUCCACAAGCUGAUAAGGCAGAACUUGCAUCUGAACCAAGCUCAAGACAUCAGGACUUUCACUCUUUUCCAAAGGCCUGCACACCAGAUUUAAAGGGUCUCUUGCAUUAUGAAGAAAGCAUUCAAAAGUUAUUUCAGUGUGAUGGGGUAAUGUGGAAAUUCUGGAAUUCCCAAAGCAAGGAGGUAAGCAUGAAGAAGUGUCCUGCUGGAUGGAGUCAUCACGAGGGCAGCUGCUACUUCCUGGUAGUGAAUCAGAAGGUCAGCUGGAACACUGCUGCUCAGACUUGCAGAGAACAAUAUCUGGGGAGUCUAGCAAGUGUGGCUAAUGAACAACACAUGCAGUGGCUGUGGGACUUCAGUGGGAGGAAGCCCUUUUGGAUAGGCUUGAACGACCAAGUCAAUCCUGGACAUUGGGAGUGGAAUGGAGGAGAACCUGUAACCUACAUAAAUUGGAGAAGAGGCUCCUACCACUUUCCAAAGAGAGGAAGAAAUUGCGUAUUGGUGCAGAAGCGAGGAAAAUGGCAAGCAACUGACUGCAGGAAGGUCAAACGGAACAGCUAUAUAUGUUCAAGAAAGCUGUAAAGAAUAGAGGAUCCCUGUGGUAGCAUAUUCACGUUGUUUCAUUUUUAUCUGCAGACAUGUGAGAGUAUGCAGUUAGAAAUCUGUUCUAAUUAUCAGCAAGGCUUAUUGUAUAUCCUGCCAGAGGUGCAGAUGCACUGGACUCUAUCCAAGGAACAGAGGUUAGUUGCAAGGAUUAAAUCCAGGUUAAGCUUGUGAACUCUCCCCAAAGACUUUGAUCUGCCAUGUACUCUUAUGCAUUUUUACACCAAAGAAUUAGGCCUAAAGGCUGUCAGGUUAUCUUGGGUGGUGAGGGGUGGGACAUUAUGUCAGGAGACUGGAUCUUCCUUGGUGGAUGCCCUGGUACAAUACCAACAGCAGGAUUUAGUGACAGAGUACCAACAGAAGAAAAGAUUUGUACUUAUUUUUCUGUCUCCCAAGGCCAGCUUCAGGUCCUAGUGGAUCUGCUCACACAGAGCUGCAUAUCAUUUCACAUUCCUAAACAGAAUUCUUCAGUGUUUUUUGGAGUAGCAGGAUGAUGCUGAAGUUUUUAGUGUAAUUAAACAACGGGACCUCUGUAAAUCUAAUGCUAUGGAUGAUUUACAUCCCACCAAAAAACAAAAAUGAAAACAAACCAACCAAACCAAACCAAACAAACAAACAAACAAACAAACCAAAUCACACAAAAAAACCCCACAAAACCUGAAACUUAAUCCUAGAAUAUUAUCUUGGGAUAUUCAGUGAUACAUGAACAUCAAUAGGAUUUAUAUGUGUAUAUAAACCAAUGUAAUCAUGAGACAUGUUUUGUACUAAAGCAGCUAUGGCUUUCAAAAAGUAUUAAUCUAAAGCCCUUAUCAGGGAUUUGAGAUUUUAAAAAAUAAUAAUUAAAAAUCCUGAUUACUUCUGAGAAAGGCUUAAAAAUCAGCAUUUCAUAGGGAAAAAACUGCUCCCCACAACUUAAUUUUAACUUAUUUUAAAUAUAUGCAGUUCCAGUAUUAACAUUUUGUAACACUGUAGUAGAUUUACACUUAACUUCUCAAAAAUCGUGCUUUAGGACCUUCUUACUGCCAGCCUUAAAUUAAAAAAAGAAACAAGUCAUAAGCUUCCUAAAAAAAAAAAUGUUAAAGCUCUUCUCAAACCCUCCCUCUGCCCAUGGUGAGCAUGUGGCAGUUGGUGGGGCACUGAAAAGGGUGAUUUUGCCUUGUGCCUCACAAACUCUCAUCCUUCCCAUCUGCCUGCCUGCUGCCAGCAGUUUAUUCUUCCCUUGUCCCCCAUCAGCUUGUCUAUUCAGCCAGCCAUUUGUCUGACAAAAAUAUCUCCUGUAUUUAUUUUUUUUUUUUGGUCAUGAUAAUCGUUAUGCAAAGCUUCUAGACACUUUCGCUAGACACUAACACUUUUGCUUAAGGAGUUUUCUAGAUCAACAUACAUAGGUUAAUUCUUUCAAGAAUUCACCAAACCAAGUACCUCUAAGUACCUAUCUAGACCUGGUUUUAUUUUGGAUAGUUUUUACUGCAAAAAUAAAAUAUUAGGAUCUAAAAAAGCACUUUUGGGAUCUCUUGCUUCCAGGGGAAAUUGACUAAGAGAGCUUGCUUAGAUAUAAGCCUUCUUUUCUUUUCUUUAGGGCUUUAUUUUUAUUAAAACUGCUGAGUUUAUUGGUGCUAUCUUGAUAAAAUCUGUCAAGAUUAUUUAAAUACCUCUUCUAAUUUUUUUAAUAAAUUAAUUACAUCAACAGAGACGGAAUUUUGGCCAAGGAGAUUGUUACUUGGCCAGUAUCUAAAAGGUGAGUCACACCUAAUCUGAGACAACUGUGCUUUUGUGAGUGGAGAAUUUCAUUUUUCUGUAUUUCCUUUCAACUCCUAUAAGUGAUUGAAGAGUAUGAAGAUUUCAGUACACUACAGACAGUUCUGCAGACCGUAUGUGUUCACUGGUUUCAUUAAAUGUAAUACAAUUCACUAAUGAAGCUAAAAUUCUUAUAUUGCAGUAGAAGGAUAUUUUUGUCCUGAAAGGCUGCUCGAUUGAUUCUCAAUGCAAUGAACAGUGCCAGACAUUUAUCCCUCAAUUUUAAUUUUUCUGUCCUUAAAAAUAAGGCAAUAUUUCACAGAUUUUUACAUCUUCCACUAGAAUACAAGUUCAAAGAAUAUGACAUAUUAAAAUCAAGAAAGCAUAAAUAAAUCACUUAUCUUCCCAUAGGAUGUUGUUAUCUCUAAAAGGUUUAGUAAAAGGCCUAAAUUCCUGAGAACUCAUUGGUAAUUUUUCCAAUCUUAAGUACUUUUGAAUUGUGUUAACUCAGGGCAAAAGCACUAUUCAGAGGAUCAACAUCAGCAGGGGAAUAUCAAGAGGCUGAUAGUCAGAAAAAGGGGCAAGUAAAUUCUGGUGUUCUCCUCUGGAUGCUACACUUUCUGGAUAAAGACAGGAUUCAUUUCACCAGAACUAUCCAUAUGCCUUUUAAAAGCAACAGCACCAAGAUAAAACAGCUCAGUGAAAAGAACCCAGCAGUUAGCCUAAAUUUCUAUAAAGGGAUGGGCAGCAUGAACUUUUUGUGUGUCUGCUGCUUUUAACCACCUUCUCUUCCUGGCAAGCAUCUUGUAAAUCUCUUGGCCAAUUCCAAACAGAUUUGACAGAGAAAUAGUUGACUCAAAGACAAUGGAUAUGAAAAAAAUUAUAGACAACUGGUCACAGGAGCACUUCUUCCAAACCAAAAUAUUCUGAAACGUUGGUGUUACUAUCUUCAUGGAGAUCAAGUUUUUAAUCUCAAAUAAAACUGUUUUGUACAUGCUGAAAACUUACUGAAUGCCUUCAAGACUUCAUUCACUUAUUCUAAAAUUAUAAUAAUAGAUUUGAGAUAAUUAUAUAUAUAAUUCAGUGAAUACUGUGAUUCUACAUUAUUUACAUCACAAGACUGGUGCUAUUGUAAUUCUUGUAUUCAGGACACUAUAUAUAUUGUUAUGUUCAACUUUGUAAUGUGUGUUAAUAUGUAUUUCUCCAGUUUCAUAAUCUCACAAAAGCUUUUAUUUCUAAUGAUAGAAAACAUAGUGUUGGACAUAGUAGAAAUGUAAUUAAAGGUCAGCAUAAUAU